UAGUGCUGGUUCUCCUAGGCAGGAGCUGAGGGGAAUUUACUGAGAGAUGUGCUCUCCUCGCCGACCCAAAUCAUCUCAUGAGCCAGCUUGGCUACAGAAAAGCACAGACACCCCCCUGACCAGCCACUCUUCUGAGAACUGCCCAUGCAGACCUGACUAGCACCACAGGUGUGAAACACUAGUGUGCUAUUUGCCUGGGUCUCCUACAGUAAGAUGUGCGUUACUAAGUAGGUGGCUGGGUGAGGAUUACAAGUCAGAAAGCAACCUCAGCAGAAACAGAUACAUAAUUACGAUUGCCUCCAGAACUGCACACAUGAUUUGAAUUAAUGGACAUGCUGCGAAGUCCAGAUUCCUGCAUUGUGAAGCUGGAGCUGAGAUGCAGGUCCACUGGGACCACUCCUCCAUUGUCGCCCAGACAGCACCAUCACUGGAUGCUUCCUCGCUGGAUGCUGCCCUGGUAGCUUGCACGGAUACAGUGACUUUCACCGAGGUGGUGGAGGGGGAGACCUGGGGCUCCUUCUACUCAUCCUAUAAGACAGAGCAGUUGAUAACCCUAUGGGUGCUCUUUGUUUUCACCAUUUCUGGGAAUUCUGUCGUGCUGUUCUCCACAUGGAAGAGGAAAAGGAAGUCCAGGAUGACCUUCUUUGUGACUCAGCUCGCCAUCACAGACUCUUUCACAGGUCUGGUCAACAUCUUGACAGACAUUAUCUGGAGGUUCACUGGAGACUUCCUGGCGCCUGACCUGGUCUGCCGAGUGGUUCGCUAUUUGCAGGUUGUGCUGCUCUAUGCCUCCACCUAUGUCCUUGUGUCCCUCAGCAUAGACAGAUACCACGCCAUCGUCUACCCCAUGAAGUUUCUGCAAGGAGCAGAAAGGCAAGCCAAGGUCCUCAUUGGGGUGGCCUGGAGCCUCUCUUUCCUGUUCUCCAUCCCCACCCUGAUCAUAUUUGGGAAGAGGACAUUGUCCAAUGGUGAAGUGCAGUGCUGGGCUCUGUGGCCUGAUGACUCUUACUGGACUCCGUACAUGACCGUGGUGGCCGUCCUGGUAUACUUCAUCCCGCUGACCAUCCUCAGCAUCAUCUACAGCAUUGUGAUCAGAACCAUCUGGAUGAAAAGCAAAGCUCCUGAGACAGUGAUCUCCAACUACUCAGAUGGGAAACUGUGCACCAGCUACAACCGGGGGUUCAUCUCAAAGGCAAAAGUCAAGGCCAUCAAGUACAGCAUCAUCAUUGUCCUUGCUUUCACCAUCUGCUGGAGCCCAUACUUCCUGUUUGACAUUUUGGACAACUUUAACCUCCUUCCAGACACCAAGGAGCGCUUCUACGCUUCUGUGAUCAUUCAGAACCUACCAGCCCUGAACAGUGCCAUCAACCCCCUCAUCUACUGCAUCUUCAACGGCGCCAUCUGCUUCCCCUGCAGGGAACAAAAAUCACAGGUAUCCAGAAUGACCUGCCGAGAGAGAAGCGAGAGGCAUGAGCUGCAGUUUUUGUCCAAGCCAGAAUUCAUCUAGCCUGGGAUGGGCUGAGGCAAACCUGGGUUAGCUUCCCAGGGACCCCACUAGGUCCUGCAUGUGCAUGGAGCACUGGCCAUUGUGUCACCAGCAUGGCAAGCAUUGCCCAGCACACACUCACCAAUCUUCAUGCAGCCCAGGAAAACACCUGUCCUUUCGUCCCUGUUUCCAAGCCUCCUCCCACUGGUCAGCACCUGAGCCUAGAGGACUGAGCACACCAGCUCAGAGUCCUGGCUGAGGUGAGCCAAGGGAGUUGAUAGGCAGAAGGGACAAAGAAAGCAGACUGUCUGUCUGUGAGUCUCUUAAUUAUAACAAAAGAAGAAAAUAAAAUAUUCAGUCAAGAUUGGACUUCUCCUUGCCAGCUUCAGAUUGGAAAUCAGACAGGUGCAGCUAAGACGAUGUUUGUGCUCUGUGGUCCUUUUGCAAAUGCAUGUGUGGGCUGCAGCAAAGCUCCCAGUCUCAUCGUGUCAACAGUGCUUUGUAAGAAGUGCACAGUUGUGGGCAAGGUCACAGUGCAGGGACCUUCCUCCAGUAGCUAAGCAACGUGGUAAAAAGUCACAGGCCCCACAGAGCCAGGAUCAGGAACUCACACACCUUUGAGGCUCCCUGAAAGUUCCACCCUCUACAGCCCACGUCUGGGUCACUGAGCCCCAAUCCUGUCCUCUUCUAUGGAUGCUUUGCCAGGCUCAGUGCAUUUGUAAGCUUUUUAUCAUUUUUGCAGUGGUGAUCUACCCAACACCUCCACCGGCAAGUGCUACAGGCUUACUUUGACAGAUCUGGAGCUUGGUACUUACCAGCAUAAUCCACGUGAAAUAUGACUAAAUGUUUUCUUGACAAUUUUUCCCUUCAGAUUUUUCCAUAAGUGGAAAUGGAAUAAUUUAAUUUGAUUAUGUAUACAUCUCCACCCACUGCUCUAGGAUACUUGUGAGCACCUUAUUUUUAGCUUCACAUACAUCCUUGACAUUAAAAUCUCCUUGGCAAAAAUCCUCCUUUCCAGAGUUUAAAUCUCUCUCUUUUUUUUUUUUUUUUUUUUUGGCUGAGUGCUAGUGGAGUCAUUAAAAUGUUCAAUGUAUUUUAAUAGCACGCCAUUCCUCAUCGCAGCAUCAACCCAAAGACUGCAAGUUUAAGGUCAUUGUGGCAACUUUUCCAUAAAUUCUCUAUUCAAUUCUAUCUGACCUUAGGGAAAGUAUCUCUUUAGGCAGAAGUCAGACUCCCCAGUCACCAUCUUGCUGAAAAUUAGCCUCUGCAGUUGACGUACCUGAAUAUUCUAGUUUUCCAUAUCUACAAAACAGUUGUGAGGAUUGCUUUCCUCUCCAUCUAAUCAGCUAGGUUUGAGGAACCCUGGAAGCCCUUUGAGUAGCUCCGAAGUGCUUUUCAGCACUUCCCUUUAAAUCAAAAGGUGCCACAGAAGGCCCACAAAAUUGGAGUUAAAAUUGCUGCCUGCACAUAAGCUGAUUAGCAGUGUGGAAUCCUAGUGGGUGUCCUGGGCAGCAAACAGAACCCAGACCCUUUUGACAGGUGCGUUCCAUCUCUGUCAAGUUCCCUUGUCAGAAGACAGCUCCUGUCAUCAUCCUUCAGGAUGACACUUCUCUCAAUUAAGGGGAGAGUGGGGAGGCAAGGGGCCCUAUGCUCUUCACAAACUGUGGAUGUGAUUUUUUUAGCUCUUGUGAUGUCUCUCUCCACCCUCAAAACACUGGAGACCAAUAAAGUAAUUGGACAAUUGCUUCAGGAUAAACUACCACUAACCUGAAAUGCACUUUAUGUUGGUGUGUGUUCUUGAAGCUUUAUUUCUGUGUAUUUAUGAACUUGGGAGUGAUGAUUUAAACAUUAGAACACUUGAAAUCAUUAAAUGACCUUGCAUGAAACGUU